CCACCCCCACGCCCCAGCAGGCGCGCCGCCGCCGAGGCGCUGCGGGCUCUUUCCCGCCGCGCUUCCUAGUGCCACUAGCGCCCACUGGCCGGGGGAGGCGCUGCCGUCGCCGGGGGAGCACCGCCUCCUCUUCCUCCACCUCCUCCCGCCUCCUCCCAGUUCUCCUCCUCCACCUCCUUCUCACUACAAUUCCCACUCCAGGGCGGGGGCAAGCGCGUCCAGUUUGCUGGAGCUGUUCGGAAAUGGCAACUUGCGCGGUAGAGGUGUUCGGGCUCCCGGAGGAUGAGGAAAAUUCCCGAAUUGUGAGGGUCAAAGUGAUAGCUGGAAUAGGCCUUGCCAAAAAGGAUAUCUUGGGAGCUAGUGAUCCAUAUGUGAGAGUGACAUUAUAUGACCCAAUGAAUGGAAUUUUUACCAGUGUGCAAACGAAAACCAUUAAAAAGACUUUGAAUCCAAAAUGGAAUGAAGAAAUACUAUUCAGAGAAACUGAUUUGAGGAUUAACACAACAAUCUUCACAACCUGAACCACAGAUCUUGGCAGGUAUGUGGCACAGAGAGGUAAACUGGGGUAGAGGGGAGCUGCAGAGGUCAGGGAGCUAUUUUUGUUUGCAAAGAGAGGACAGAGACAGGAAGAGAGUACAAGAAAUCAUCCCCCCACCAAAGCAGUGGGAGAGAAAAGAAAGAGUACGCAAGGGACUGAAUAAAAAAGGGAGAAAGGAGAAAGGAGAGGGUUUAAAUUUCAUUAAAACUCUAUAAACAGGGAGCGCAGAGUCUGAAACUCCACAUAGCUCAAUACCUAGUGGUACUCUGGUGGGAAGGGCAGAUCCCCAGGAGCAGAGAGUGAGGUCCGAGGGGUCCUUGGGCCACAAGGGGAGAGGUGGUUCCCCUGCUGGGAGGACAUUUGGUAGAGUCUGUGUGGCCACCCCACAGGCAAAGGUCCCAGUGGACCCUGGAGAACAGCCACAUUCACUGGUGUUGGAACAAGGAUGUUAAGAGUGAAGCCUGGCCCUAGAUGUGUGUUGUGAUUUACCAUAAUCCCUGAAACACUGCUGCUACACGAUCACGUGAACUUUUUCUAGGACAGGCUAGCACCCAGCCACAGUCUCUGGGCAUCGGCAGCAGCACAGUCUCGCGAACAUUCCUGGGAGUAGGGGGGCACCCGGCCAUUGCUCAGGGAGACCCUACCCCAGAGGGUCAGAACGGGUCAAGGCUGCAGUCCCUCAGAAGUGAGGGGUUGGGAAACACAGCCACAUCUGGGAUAAAACUCAGGAGGGAGGUGCCACUUGGCAGCCUGACUGUUUGGUUAUGGACAUUGUAAAAGCGGGGAGUGGACAGAAGCCAGAGACAGAGGAGGUGUGCUCAAUUGCCAGUUGGGAGAGCACAGAGCUCUGACACUAGAGACUGGGUAGCUUAGUGACAGCAUUUUCCCAUCCCCUGCAUGCACAUACACCCCUACAUGCAACACAACAAUCCACGCCUGUGAGCUAAGCAGCGCCAUCUAGUGGAGAAUGGAACCACUACACUAAGCCCUGCCCAACUGGGCCAACCUUACGCUUCAGGAACACCACAAGUCUCUCCGCUUGCUUAGUUUAUGGACUAUAAAUUGCCUCAUAGUUUGUCUUCUAGGAGAAAUCGAUGUAAUUUCAAUUGUAUUUCAGUCUGUUCGCUGGUCCAUCUAUUCAAUUUUUUUUUCUUUUUAUUUUCUUAUUCUUGAAUACAUAAAGAGUAAAAAAUUUGUUUUUAUUUUCCAUUUUUAUUAAAAAUAUUUUUAAAUUUUUUCCUGUAUUUUUAACUUUUUUGUAAAUUUUUCAAAUUCUAUUUUACUUCCAUCAUUUCAUUUUAUUCUAUUUCAUUGUAUUCAUUUUUUCAAAUUUUCAAACGUUUUCCUUUUUUUUCUUUUUUCCUAUUUUCCUUUUUUUUUCUUUUCUUAUCUUUCCCUUUCUUCUCUAAUCUCCCAAGCUCCUUUCAAUAACCAGACCAAAACACACCUAGGAUCUAGCAUCCUUUAUUUGAUUUUUUUGUGUUGUUUUUAAUUUUGUUAUUUUAAUUUUUUUGUCUUAUUAAUUCCCUUUCUUCCUUCAAAAUGACAAAAUGAAGGAAUUCACCCCAAAAGAAAGAACAGGAAUAAAUGACAGCCAGGGGUUCAAUGAACACAGAUAUAAGCAAGAUAUCUGAACCAGAAUUUAGAAUCAUGAUAAUAAGAAUACUAGCUGGAGUUGAAAAUAGAUUAGAAUCCCUUUCUGCGAAGAUAAAAGAAGUAAAAGCUAGUCAGGAUGAAAUAAAAAAUGAUAUAACUGAGCUGCAAUCUCGAAUGAAUGCCCCGGUGGCAAGGAUGGAUGAAACAGAGCAGCCAAUCAGUGAUAUAGAGGACAAACUUAUGGAGAACAAUGAAGCAGAAAAAAAAGAGGGAAACUAAGGCAAAAGAGCAUGAUUUAAGAAUUAGAGGACUCAGUGACUCAUUAAAAAGGAACAGCAUAAGAAUCAUAGGGGUCCCAGAAGAGGAAGAGAGGAAGGGGUAGAAGGGUUAUGUGAGCAAAUCAUAGCGGAAAACUAUCCUAACCUGGGGAAAGGCACAGACAUCAAAAUCUAGGAAGCACAGAGAACUCCUACUAGAUUGAACAAAAGCUGACCAUCAACAAGGCAUAUCAUAGUUAAAUUCACAAAAUACUCACGCAAGGAAAGAAUCAUGAAAGCAGCAAGGAAAAAGAGUCCUUAACCUCAGAUCAGGUUCACAGCAGACUUAUCCACAGAAACUUGGCAGGCCAGAAGGGAGUGGCAGGACAUAGUCAAUGUGCUGAAUUGGAAAAAUAUGCAGCCAAGAAUUCUUUAUCCAUCAAGGCUGUCAUUCAAAAUAGAAGGAGAGAUAAAAAGUUUCCCAGACAAACAAAAAUUAAAGGAGUUUGUGACCACUAAACCAGCCCUGCAAGAAAUUUUAAGGGGGACUCUCUGAGGGGAGAAAAGGCAAAAACAAACAAGCAAACAAACAACAACAAAAACAAAACCAAAAGGACCAAAAGCAACAAAGACUAGAAAGGACCAGAGGGCACCACCAGAAAUUCCAACUCUACAGACAACAUAAUGGCAAUGAAUUCCUAUUUUUCAGUACUCAUUCUAAACGUCAAUGGACUCAAUGCUCCAAUCAAAAGACAUAGGGUAACAGAAUGGAUAAGAAAACAAGAUCCAUCUAUAUGCUGUUUACAAGAGACCCACUUUAGACCUAAAGACACCUUCAGAUUGAAAUUAAGGAGAUGGAGAGCCAUCUGUUAUGCUAAUGGUCACCAAAAGAAAGCCGGAGUAGCCACACUUAUCUCAGACAAUCUAGACUUUAAAAUAAAGACUGUAAUAAGAGAAGAAGAGGGCAUUAUAUCAUAAUUAAGGGGUCUAGCCACCAAGAAGAUCUAACAAUUGUAAACAUUUAUGCUCCAAAUAGAAGCACCCAAAUAUAUAAAUCAAUUAAUCACAAACAUAUACUCAUUGAUAAUAAUACCAUACUAGUAGGGGACUUCAACACCCCACUUACAGCAAUGGAGAGAUUAUCUAAACAGAAAAUCAACAAGGAAACAAUGGCUUUGAAUGACAUACUGGAUCAGAUGGACGUAACAGAUAUAUUCAGAACAUUUCAUCUUAAAGCAGCGGAAUAUAUAUUCUUCUCCAGUGCAUAUGGAACGUUCUCCAGAAUAGAUCACAUACUGGGACACAAAUCAGUCCUCAAUAAGUACAAAAAGAUCGAGAUCAUACUGUGCAUAUUUUCAGAUCAUGAUACUAUGAAACUUGAAAUCAACCACAAGAAAAAAUGUACAAAGAUAAUAAAUACUUGGAGACUAAAUACCAUCGUACUGAAGAAUGAAUGGACUAACCAAGAAGUUAAAGAGGAAAUUAAAAAGUCCAUGGAAGCCAAUGAAAAUGAUAACACCACAGCCCCAAACUUCUGGGAUGCAUCAAAGGUGGUCAUAAGAGGAAAGUAUAUAGCAAUCCAGGCCUUCCUGAAGAAGGAAGAAAGAUCUCAGAUACACAGCCUAAUCUUACACCUUAAAGAGCUGGAAAAACAACAGUCAAUAAAAUCCAAAAACAGAAGAAGACAGGAAAUAAUAAACAUUAGAGCAGAAAUCAAUGUUGUUGAAACCAAAAAACAGUAGAACAGAUCAAUGAAACCAGCAGCUGGUUUUUUGAAAGAAUUAACAAAAUUGAUAAACCUCUAGCCAGUUUGGUCAAAAAGAAAAAGGAAAAGACCCAAAUAAAUAAAAUCAAGAAUGAAAGAGGAGAAAUCACAGCCAACACUGCAGAAAUAUAAACAGUAAUAAGAGAAUAUUACGAGCAAUUAUAUGCCAAUAAAAUGGGCAAUUUGGAAGAAAUAGACAAAUUCCUAGAAACAUAUAAACUAUAAAAACUGAAACGGAAGAAAUAGAAAAUUUGAACAGAUCCAUAACCAGUAAAGAAAUCGAAUUAGUAAUCAAAAAUCUGCCAAGAAACAAGAGGCCAGGGCCUGAUGGCUUUCCAGGGGAAUUCUACCAAACAUUUAAAUAAGAGUUAACACCUAUUCUCUUGAAGCUGUAACAAAAAAUAGAAAUGGAAGGAAAACUUCCACACUCUUUCUAUGAAGCCAGCUUUAUCUUGAUUCCAAAGCCAGACAAAGACCCCACUAAAAGGAGAACUACAGACCAAUUUCCCUGAUGAACAUGGAUGCAAAAUUCCUCAACAAGAUAACUAGCAAACAUGAUCCAACAAUACAUUAAAAAAAUUAUUCACCAUGACCAAUUGGAUUUAUACGUGACAUACAGGGCUGGUUCAAUAUCUGCAAAACAAUCACUGUGGUAUGUCACAUCAAUGUGAUACAUCACAUGAUCCUCUCAAUAGAUGAACAGAAAGCGUUUGGCAAAAUACAGCAUCCUUUCUUGAUAAAAACCCUCAAGAAAGUAGGGAUAGAAGGAUCAUACCUCGAGAUCAUAAAAGCCAUAUAUGAAAGACCCACCACUAAUAUAAUCCUCAAUGGGGAAAAACUGAGAGCUUACCCCUAAAGUCAGGAACAAGACUGACACAUGAAAACAUGCUCAACAUCACUCAUCAUCAUGGAAAUACAAAUCAAAACCACAAUGAGAUACCACCUCACACCUCUCAGAAUGGCUAACAUGGACAACUCAGGCAACAACAGAUGUUGGCAAGGACAUGGAGAAAGAGGAUCUCUUUUUCACUGCUGAUGGGAAUGCAAACUGGUGCAGCCACUCUGGAAAACAGUAUGGAGGUUCCUCAAAAAGUUAAAAAUAGAACUGCCCUACAAUACAGCAAUUGCACUACUAGGUAUUUAUCCAAGGGAUACAGGUGUGUUGUUUUGAAGGGGCACAUGCACCCCAAUGUUUAUAGCAGCACUAUUGACAAUAGCCAAAGUAUGGAAAGAGCCCAAAUAUCCAUCGAUGGAUGAAUGGAUAAAGAAGAUGUAACACACACACACACACACACACACACACACACACACACACACAAUGGAGUGUUACUCAGCAAUCAAAAAGAAUGAAAUCUUGCCAUUUGCAAUUACAUGGAUGGAACUAGAGGGUAUUAUGCUAAGUGAAAUUAGUCAGACAAAUAUAUGUCUUCACUCAUAAGAGGAAUUUAAGAUACAAAACAGAUGAACAUAAGGGAAGGGAAGCAAACAUAAUAUAAAAACAGGGAGGGGGACAAAACAUAAGAGACUCUUAAAUAUAGAGAAAAGGGUUGCUGGAGGGGUUGUGGGAGGAGGGGAUGGGCUAAAUGGAUAAGGAGCAUUAAAGAAUCCACUCUGGAAAUCAUUCUUGCGCUACAUGCUAACUAACUUGGAUGUAAAUUAAAAAGUAAAUAUAGUAUUAAAAAAUAUGAAGGUACCAUAAAAAAAAUGAGCCUAUUUUGCACUACCAAAUGGAUAUUUAAGUUUGAACACAAACAACAUAAUUCAAAUCAAUAAACAUUGAAUAAAUGCUGAAAAAAAGCAUCUAAAAUUAUUUUACAUACAACAAACCUCAACAAUAUGACCAGUUCUCAAAAGGAGAGACAAUCAACAAGUGCCAAUACCAAGAUGAUGCAGAUAUUGGAAUUACCAGUAAAACAGCUGUAUUAUAUUAAAGCAGCUAUUAUAAUCAUUAUAAUUAUGCUCCAUUAUAUGAAGGUAAACAGUCUUGAAAUGAAUGGGAAAAUAGAUAUUCUCACAUAUUAAAAACUAAAAACGAAUGAAAUAGAAAUAUUAGAACUUAAGAAUAUAAAAUCUGAAAUUUAAAAAAUCAUUGAAUGAGUUCAGUAUCAGAAUGAAGAUAACAGUGAAAAGAAUUAGUGAACUUGAAGAUAAGCAGUAGAAAUGAUCUAAUCUGAAGAACAGAAAAUAAAGAUUAAAAAAAUUAAUAGAGUCUUAGGGACCUAUAAACAAUAUUAAAAGAGCCUAAUAUUUGGGUCAUUGAAGUCUUCGAAGAAGAAGAAAAAGGCAUUGGUAGAAAAAAAUAUUUGAAGAAAUAACUACCAAAAUUUACAAAUUUAGUGAAAGAAAUGCAUUUAUAGUCUAAAGAAGUUCAGCAAAACCCAAAGAGAGUUUAUGCAAAGAAAACCAUGCACAGACACAUCAUAAUCAAGUUGCUGGAACCAAAGAUAAUGAAGAAAAUUUGAAAACAGGGAAAAUGGUACAUUAUGUAUAGAGGUAUAAUGACUUAAAAAGCUAAAUAUUUCUCUUCAGAAACUAUGAUGAAACGGCAUAAUUAAGGUAGCAAAGGAAGAAACAACAGUCAACUCAGAACUCUAUAUCCAACGAAAAUAUCCCUCAGGAAUGAUAGUGUAAUAAAGGUAUUCUAAGCUGAGGAAAAAUAAGAGAAUUUACUGCCAAUAGACAUACUCUAAAGAAAAUGCUAAAGGAAAUUACUUAGGUUGAAGGUAAAUUAUAUCAGAUGUAAAUUUUACUUCAGAAAUGAAGAAGCAAUAGAAUAAGUAUUGGUUAUUAUACUAUCUUUCCCUCUUGAGUUCUUUAAAAUAUUUAUGACUAUUGAAAGGAAAAAUUAAAACACUAGUGGGAUUUAUAAUUUAGGUAGAUAUAAUACAUAUUACAACCAAAAUAUAAAUGAGUGAAGAUAAAGUAACCUUUUUGUUAUAGGGUUUCUACAUAUUAUGUCAAGAGGCUUAAUACUAACUUUGAGUGGGCCAUGAAAAGUUAAGUAUGUAUAUUGUAAUCCCUAGUGCAACCACUAGAAAGUAAUAGAUAUAGCCCAAAAAACAAUAACAAAUAAAAAACAGUAAAUUCAUCAAGAUGCCACAGAACCUACAGACAUUAAAUGGAUAGUAAGGGAUACUAUGAAUUCUGUGCCCAUAAAUUCAGUAACUUAGAUGAAUGGACCAAUUCCUUUAAAGAUACAUAGUACCAAAACUUUAAGAAGAAAUAAAUUAUCUGAAAAAUUCUGCAACUCUUAAAGAAAUUGCUUUUGAAGUUAAAAACCUUCCAAGAAAGAAAACUUAAGGCCCAAGUGUUUUCACUGCUGAAUUCUAUCACAUAUUUAAGGAAUGAAUGAUUCUAAUUCUACACAAUGUCUUAUCAAAAAUAGAGGAGAGAACAUGUCCCAAUUCAUUUAUGAGGCCAGAAUUACCCUGAUCCCAAAACCAAAUGAAUAUUUUAUAAGAAAAUAAAACUGCUAACCAUUAACCUUCAUGACUAUAGCCAUUUUGUGGUAAGCUUACUAAAUUGGGCCCCUUCCAUUUUGAAAAGGCCAGUAAUUUGUUGUCCAAUUACUUCUGUGUGUGGGUUUGCCUUUCCAGUCUGCAGAACCUGAGCCAGCACAAGUGUCUGGGGGCUUACAAAAUGCAUGUUUUAUAGGGAUAGAAAUCUACAUAACAUUUCAUCCUUCCAGGGGACUCAAUUUCUAGAGAAAGAGAUGUAGGAAUGAACUCAUGACCAUGGGAUACAUUGGUUACAUCACCUGCGAUGUCAUCCAUAAGCAAGCAACCUUAUAGCACACUAGAAUGUCCUACUGAUGGCACAGGCAAUAGUCUGCAAAGAUGGGGUGCCAGUUUAUUCACUAAAGCAGAGACUUCAACAUGAUGCUCUGUCUGCAAUAGAAAGUAUGCAUGGGUCCAGGAACAAAGGGGUAGAAGUAGGAGUGGCCCCACUUCUCAUCAUUUCCAAAGACCCACUAAAGGAUUAUGUGCUCUAGAGAGUUCUAGAGAACUCUGGACUUUACUAAGUUAGAGGUCCAAGUUCCCAAAAGAAAGCACACUCAAUCCAAGGGACAUAGUGAGUCCCAUCAAACCACAGUUUACUGCUGUAGCCAGGGCACUCUGGACUUCUUGUGCUCAGAAACCAGCGGGUGACUGGGGCUAUUAACUUGGUUGAGUUUGCAUCUACAGUCAUUCUCCAAAGUUUGUCUGGAUUCUGCAGGGACCAGACUGGAGAAUUAAAUGAACCUAUUAUAGGAACCACCCAUGUAUCAUUUAGGUCCUUAGUAGUGAUACUAAUCUUUGAUAUUCACAGCAGGUUGCACGAUUUUUGUUUUAUAAAAACAGCUUUUAUUAAGAUAUAAUUCGCAUAACAUACAAUUCACCCCCUCAAAGUAUACCAUCCAGUGGUUUUUAGUAUAUUCAAAAAGUUGUGCAGCCAUCAACAAAAUCAAUUUUUAGAACAUUUUCAUUAGCCCAAAAAGAAAUCCCAUGCCCACUAGCUGUCACUCCCCAUUUUUUCCCAACACUUGCCCUUCUUCCCAGGCAACCACCAACCUACUUUCUGUCUCUUAGAUUUGCCUCUUUGAGCCAUUUCAUGUAAAUGGUUUCAUACAAUACGUGGUUUCCAAGUUUUAACCAUGUUAUAGUGUGCAUCAGUACUUCAUUUUUUAAAUUGCCAAAUAACAUUCCACUGUAUGGAUAACCACACUUUAUUUAUCCAUGCAUCAGUUGAUGGACAUCUAGGUUGUUUCUACUUUUUAACUGUUAAGAAUAACGUGUGGACAUAUAUUUUCAUUUGAAAGUAUAUACCUAGGGGUAGGAUUGCUGGAUCACAUGAGGAAUUGCCAGACUGUUUUCCAAGUGGCUGUACCUCUUUACAUGCCCACCAACAGUGUAUGAGUUUUGAGUAUGAAUUUUGAUUUCUCCGCAUCCUUGAUAACACUUGUUAUUAUCUCUCUUUUCUUUUUUUUUUUAGAGAGAGAGAAAAAGAGUGCAUGUCUGUAUGUUCAUCGGGGAGGGGCACAGGGAGAGAGGAGAAAGAGAGGGGGGGCGGAAUCUCAAGCAGGCUCCAUGCCCAGCAUAGAGCCUGAUGCAGGGCUCUAUCUCAUGACUGUGAAAUCUUGAACCAAAAUCAAAAGUCGGACUCUUAACAGACUGAUCCCCUCAGGUGCCCAACAACACUUGUUAUUAUCUUUUUAUGUUAGCCCCCCUAGUGGGUGUAAAAUGGUAUCUCAUGGUUUUCAUUUGCAUUUCUGUGAUGACCAAUGAUGUUGGUCAAUGGCUUUUGGCCAUUACAUAUCUUCUUUGGAGAAAUGUUUGUUUAUAUUCUUUGCCCAUUUUAUAAUUGGAUUAUUUGUCUUUUUGUUACUGAGUUGUCAGGUUCUUUGUAUUUUCAGAUACAAGUCCCUUGUCAAAUACACGAUUUGCAAAAUUUUUCUCCUGUGGGUUGUGUGUUUUGAUUUUAUUGAUGGUAUUAUUUAAAGCACAAAAGCUUUUAAUUUUGAGGAUGUUCAGUUUAUUUUUUCUUUUGCUGUUUGUGUUUUUGUUGUCAUAUCUAUUCAAUGUUGUUUUAGAUUUAUUACUUUGACCAGAGGGAGGACAGUUUCAGAGGCUUCCACUUGGCCUUCUCACUUUGAUAGCUCUUAUCCCACAAGCCCAUGGAUUCACUGUGGUGGUAGUGGUGGUGAGGAGAUCCAAGUUCCAGUAUGUCAGUCCCAAUUUUACAUUUGAAAGCAAGAAAAAUGACUAUUGGGUGGAUCACAGAACCAGUGGACUCAGUUUAAGCUGAAUUUUAGCCAGGGCAUUUCCCCAGCACACCACUGAAGAAGUCUUUAGGUAUUGAGCCACUGCCUUAUGCCAGUGACUUUAUGUGUCCCACAUUCUUCUCAGGAUGGGGAGCUCCUUGCCAUUAGGUAAGUGUGAGCUGGUCCUAAAACCCUACCACCCAUACCAUUUGUGUGGUUUAGGUCCUCUAAGAAACAGACACUCAGAUGAGAAUAGAUACGCAAGAGGUUUUGGGGGGAAGCACAUGUGAAGCUUAAAGAGGGAGGACACACAUACGGGAAGAGCCUUCUGAUCAUCAUGCAGCCCUAACACUUGUGCAAGGAGGGGAAAAAGGAUUGGUAAGAAGAGCCCCACAUUGCAGCACAGUUCUGAGAAAGUCUCAUCCAAGCUGCCAGAGAGUUUCCCAGGAAAGAUUGUUAGAGAAAUCCUGUGUUGGGCAUGAAUGGCCAGGCUCUAAAUCCCUGCUGUGCCCAGUCUUUGGGAGUAGGCAGGGAGAACACAAUGGGUAGAUUCAAAGGUGCAUGGUCACUUGGGAGCUGUCAAUCAGCAAUGCACGUUCUCUUGAAAGAGAUCCAAGUAGCUCAUCUCUGGCCAUUAGAGUUAUGAUGUUUAAGGAUUCAUAUUGUCAUCCUCAGAGCAGCCACUAAAAAAUUAAAAUGGAAACUUAUAGGUAAAACUCCAAUAAAGGAAAUAAAAUGAAAUACCAAGAAAUACCUGAUUAAUAAUUUUUUAAAAAGAGAAAAGGAAAGAAAAGAGGAAUGAAGGAAAAAUAGAAAUAGAAAGACGAUGGUCGUAAAGCCAACCAUAUCAAUAAGUGCCAAAAAAAAAAAAAAAAAAAGCAAGGUUCAACCAUAGACUCUUAAUAGGAGUCACUCUUUGAGUAUAAAGACACAUUAAAAGUAAAAGUACAGAAAAAGAUACACCAUUCAAACACCAUGCCAAAAAAAAAAAAAAUCCUCAUAUGGCUGUAUUAACAUUAGGUAAGUAGACUUCAGGAUGAAAAGUAUUCCUAGAGAUAAGCAGGGACAUUGGACAUUUCAUAAUCAUAAAAGGGCUUAUUCAUCAAGAAAAGAUGUCUGAUAAAGGAGCUUCAAAAUUAUAAAGCAAAAAUUGAAAGACAUAGGGAAAUAAAUUCAGAAUAGUUGAAGAUUUCAUCACUCUUCUCUCAAUAGUGAUAAACUAGACAAAAAUGUCAGUAAAUACAUAAACAAUUUGAACAACCUAUCAGUCAACCAAUUUAGCAUGUAUGGAAGACUACAUCUAAUACCUGAAGAAUAUAUAUUCUUUUUAUAUGCCUAUGGAACAUUCACUAAGGUAGACUAUAUAUUGGGCCAUAAAACAA